CCAACCUAUAAAUACUACCGUUUCUUCGGCCCUCCUGUUUCUCCUUUCUCUCGCUGUUUUUUUCCGCGAUAUCUCGCCGCUUCGAAUCCCUCUUUCCCCCCAAUCUGGCCGAAAGAAGAUGUUUUUCCCCCAAAAGAAGUAAAGCCCUAACGUUCGAUCGGAGAAAUGGUGGAAGAAGUGAAGACGGAACACGGGAAGGAUGAUAGGACUCAGGAAGUUUCUCUGCCGUCGUGUUCUCCAGAUUCAGAGAGCAGCUGCGAGACGACACCUAAGGCUAUUCCUGGGAGAACAAAUGGUCCUACUAGGAGAUCAAUGAAGGGAGGCUGGACAGACAAGGAGGAUGAUAUUUUGGUUAAAGCUGUUAAACAAUUGAACAGGAAAAAUUGGAAGAGAAUAGCUGAACUUUUUCCUGGCAGGUCAGAUGUUCAGUGCCUGCAUCGUUGGCAGAAGGUUCUCAAUCCCGAGCUAGUUAAAGGAGCUUGGACCAAAGAGGAAGAUGACUGUAUAGUUGAGCUAGUCGCAAAGCAUGGUUCUAAGAAGUGGUCUGUCAUUGCAAAGUCUUUGCCAGGCCGCAUAGGCAAGCAAUGUCGAGAGAGGUGGCACAACCACUUGAACCCUGCAAUAAAAAAGGAUGCAUGGACACCAGAGGAAGAAGUGACUUUAAUGCAUUCCCACCAAAUAUAUGGAAACAAAUGGGCUGAAAUAGCCAAGUUUUUACCUGGAAGGGCAGAUAACUCAAUAAAGAAUCAUUGGAACUGCUCCUUAAAGAAGAAGUUGGGCUCAUAUGUGGCAUCAGGAAUUCUUAGUCGGCCAUUCGGAAAUUCUGCUAUUAAAUUAAACAAUCUCCAAGAACAAGUGGAAAAACUCAAACCGCAUCCUGCAAAACUAGUUACACCUGAUCAGAAACCAAGUGUAGAUAAUCAUUUCGUGGCUUCCUCGGUGGGUUUGGAUUUUCAAAAUGCUAGUAUAGGAAGGAAUGAUUUGAGUAUGGACCGUUCUCUUAUUGGAAAUUCCAAAUGUCUCAAUGUGGACGAUCAACUUACUUCAACAGAUGAUUCUGUAUGCUUGAAGUUAGAGGAGAAACUGAGUCCGACAAGUGACCCUAAAAGCAGAAAAUCGGAGACAAUUUUUUGUGCAAAUCCUUCUGAUUGUCAGGAAGAUACAAGUCCAUGUUCAAGUGGCCAAACUAAUUUGUCAUGCAGCACUGAGCUCUCAUGUCAUUUGACCAAUUUGUUGCAUGGAGAUGAUUCCUGUCAUGAUUUGCGUGGUACUCCUACAAUUCAAUCCAAAGCACAGCCUUCUGUUUUUUAUGAGCUUUGUUCCCAUGUUUUACCUAAAGAGUCCUCAAAUAAAAGAAGAUCUAAAAUCGCAGGGGAACAUGCUUUUGACAAGAGUGACCUGACCAUCAAAAAUAUGGAUCUAAAUUAUGAGACUGAUAUUUUAAAUAUGCAAAAUUUUCAGUUAAAUAAAAAUGACAUGGUCAAUGAUCACAACCAGGUCACUAGCACACCUCUCAGUUGUAACAGUGGAAAUUUUGGCUCAUUACCAUAUCCAGCUUUGCAGUUUACACAUGAAGGAAGCUCUCUUUCAGGUGAAAGAAAAUCUAAAUUGGAGAAUUACAUCCGACAGACUCAAAACCUAGCUCAGUAUUGUCCACUUCCAAACAUGUCGUUAAAUCAUACUUAUAGUCCAAGGGAUCUGAUAUCUUAUCUAAGGGCUGAAGCAAAGAGCUUCAAAAAUACACCAUCAAUUUUUAGAAGGCGCAGGCAUGUUAAUCCCAGCAGAACUGAUAUUGUGCAUGUUGUACAGUUUUCUCAGUCCUCUCAUGACUGUCAGAAACCAGAUAUCUCUGAUGCUACCAAAUCUGUAGAGAGAAAGCUAGAGGAGUUUGAUAUGGAGUUCAAGUCUUGAUUUCUAGGUUGGUUUAUUGCAGAUGGUUACUUCCUCUCCCUCGACUGAGUAGAACUGAUUUCACUCAGAAGAAAGCCAUGAGUUUUAUUAGGCCCCAUAACCAGUUUCAAGCAGUCUUGUGCUAUGUUAUUGAUGCUAAGCUGCAAUCUCCACUAUGCUCUCCUGUAAAUUCUGGGAAUAUGAAGUUAUGGCAAUAUUUGAUGCACAUUUGGUCUUUCCUGUACAUAGGUGAUUAAGAAGUUCAUUGAACGUGCAAGUAGGGAGCACUAGAUUUUCUAAUCUUAUGUUCUUUCUUUCUGUAGCUAAAAUUUUCACAUAUUUAAUUUAUCUUUCUUCUAUGGAGGUUUUUGUCUUGAACCCUUCUA